CAUCUAAUGAACAAAACAAAACUAGUUCAACAUUCAUCAAGUACUCCUCAGUGAACCCUAAAUAGAGUGAAUAAACCGAGGUUGAUUGUUGACUUCUCGGUGGACCGUCGAUUUCUUUCUUUUUUCAUCUUAUCUACUACAUUCUCUAUCAUCUUCAACUAUUCUUCUUUCUUCUGUGCUUAGUGUCUGUACGUAUUAGAUUCCCGCAAUAUAUCUCAGGCUUUUACGACUGAUGUAACCGAGAUGCCAAAAGCAGGAACCUCCCGCGCUAUAUAAAGGACAAGGUUGCGGUCUCCCCGCUGUGCCCAAGUCAAGUCCGGUCUUCCUCUUCUCGCCUCCUCCUUCUGCUAUCCUCCUUCCCGCACGAAGCCUCGGUGGGAAGACGAUGAUGUACACCGUUGUCUUUGUUUAACUCUCCUCUUUCACCUGUGAGUGCAGAUAAGGACGUCAUUUUGCUUUAGUUGUUGAUCCUUCGUGCGCCGAAAGUAGUACGCGUGAGACUGUGGCAGUGGUCGUGUCGUCGUCUGUGUUGUUGACCGUAACAGGCGGUGAUCGACGAGUGCAGCUGAUUUCGUCAUGGGAUCCUUCAAGAGCCGUGGUGGGAAGGACAAGGUGGUGUUCGUGAUGGGCGCCACGGGCACCGGCAAGUCCAGGCUCGCUGUCGACGUGGCCAUCCAUUUCGGCGGCGAGAUCGUCAACUCCGACAAAAUGCAGGUGUACGAUGGCCUUGACGUCGUCACCAACAAAGUCACCGAUGAGGAACGUAUGGGGGUGCCCCACCACCUGCUCGGUGGGUUGCCUCCUGACGCGGACUUCAGCGCGUCGGACUUCCGCCGGGCGGCGACGCUGCAGGUGGAGUCGAUCGCGCGGCGGGGGCGGCUCCCCAUCGUGGCGGGGGGGUCGAACUCGUACAUCGAGGAGCUGGUCGAGGGGGCGGGUAGGGAGUUCUGGCGGCGGUACGAGUGCUGCUUCCUGUGGGUGGACGUGCAGCUGCCGGUGCUGCACAAGUUCGUGGCGGAGCGGGUGGACCGCAUGGUGGAGCGGGGACUGGUGGAGGAGGUGCGGGGGCUGUUCGACCCGGACGUGGCAGACUACUCCCGGGGAGUGCGCCGCGCGAUCGGGGUGCCGGAGAUGGACCGCUACCUCCGCGCGGAGGCGGCGGAGGCCGACGAGGCCACCAAGGCGAGGCUGCUGGAGGCGGCGAUCGACGAGAUCAAGGCCAACACGUGCAAGCUGACCUGCUGCCAGCUGCAGAAGAUCCACCGGCUCUGCACGCUGUCGGGGUGGAACGUGCACAGGGUGGACGCCACCGACGUGUUCCGGAGGGCCGGGAAGGAGGUGGACGAGGCGUGGGCGUCUCUGGUGGCGGGCCCCAGCGUGGAGAUCGUGGCAGAGUUCUUGCACCAAGCGCCGGCAGCGGAACCGAAGGCGGCGGCGCGCGAGGCGCAGCAGUUCGCCGCGGUCAACAACAAGAAGGGGGCUUCCUUGAUGAAUGGAGCAGUGGGCAGGGACAUGGUGGUCAAGGUCGCCUCCUCCCUUGUGGGGGCCACGGUCUGAGUGCUGGGUCCCACCGCCGAGAAUAAAAAUGUCUCAAUAAUAAGAUGCCACACCCAUUUCCGGCUUGUGGGGACGUGAGGAGCUGUGACUGCUUUCUCGCUCCUGCGUCGUGUUUUGUAAGAUCAGAGAAUGGAGAAUAGAUAGAUAUAUGUCGAGAGAGAGAGAGAGAGAGAGAGAGAGAGUGAGAGAGAGAGA